AUGGCUUGUUUCCGGUUUAAGCUCUGGUGGAUGGCCCAGCGAAUGGGAGAAACCGGCCGGGACAUUCCUUUAGAGACUCAAUUCCUAUUGGUCGAAUCCAACACCGGGUCCCACCUAGGGCCUGACGGCGCAGACGGCGUCGAGAGCAACCGGAAACUCUACACCGUUUUCCUGCCGUUAAUCGAGGGAUCGUUCCGUUCGUGUCUCCAAGGAAACGUCAACGAUGACGUGGAGCUCUGUCUGGAGAGCGGCGACGCCGAAACUAAACGGUCGUCGUUUACUCACUCUCUCUACAUUCACGCCGGCACAGAUCCGUUCCAGACGAUAACGGACGCUGUUCACACCGUCAAGCUGCAUCUGAAGAGUUUCCGUCAACGCCACGAGAAGAAGCUUCCGGGAAUCGUUGACUAUUUCGGGUGGUGCACUUGGGACGCGUUUUACCAGGAGGUUACACAGGAAGGCGUCGAAGCCGGGCUUCAAUCUCUCACCGCCGGCGAUACUCCGCCGAAAUUCGUCAUCAUCGACGACGGUUGGCAAUCCGUCGAGACCGACGUAAACCCGAUUAAAAACGAAAACGAGACGUCGGCUUUCCGGUUAACCGGAAUCAAGGAAAACGCGAAGUUUCAGAAGAAGGACGAUCCGAAACAGGGGAUUAAGAACAUCGUCGACAUCGCCAAGGAGAAGCACGGUCUCAAGUACGUCUACGUGUGGCACGCGAUCACGGGUUACUGGGGCGGGGUCCGACCCGGGGGAGAAUACGGAUCUUCGAUGAAGUAUCCGAUGGCGACGAAGAGUGUGGUGGAGAACGAUCCGACGUGGAAGACUGACGUUAUGGCGGUUCAAGGGUUGGGUUUGGUUAACCCGAAGAAUGUGUUUAAGUUCUACAACGAGCUUCACAGUUACUUGGCUGAUGCUGGCGUGGACGGCGUGAAGGUGGAUGUUCAGUGUAUAUUGGAGACUUUGGGCGGUGGAUUAGGCGGUCGGGUUGAGUUGACACGUCAGUAUCAUCAAGCUCUUGAUUCCUCUGUUUCCAAGAACUUCCCUGACAAUGGCUGCAUUGCUUGUAUGAGCCAUAAUACUGAUGCUCUCUACUGCUCGAAGCAAACAGCUGUGAUUAGAGCAUCAGAUGAUUUCUACCCGCGAGAUCCGAUGUCUCACACUAUUCAUAUAGCCUCGGUUGCGUACAACAGUGUGUUCUUGGGAGAGUUUAUGCAGCCUGAUUGGGACAUGUUCCAUUCUGUGCACCCUGCUGCAGAGUAUCAUGCCUCUGCUAGAGCCAUCAGUGGUGGACCUAUCUAUGUCAGUGAUGCACCUGGAAAGCAUAACUUUGAGCUUCUGAGGAAGCUUGUGUUGCCUGAUGGAUCGAUCCUUCGUGCUCGUUUGCCUGGUAGACCAACCCGUGAUUGUUUGUUCGCUGAUCCUGCUCGUGAUGGUGUCAGCUUGCUAAAGAUAUGGAACAUGAACAAGUACACUGGAGUUCUUGGUGUGUACAACUGCCAAGGAGCAGCUUGGAGCAGCACAGAGAGAAAAAACAUCUUCCACUCGACGAAAACCGAUUGCAUCACUGGCUCUAUUCGUGGUCGUGAUGUGCAUUUGAUCUCCGAGGCCUCUACUGAUCCCAAAACAUGGGAUGGAGAUUGUGCUGUUUACUCUCAGAGCAGUGGAGAAGUUAGUGUUAUGCCAUACAAUGUCUCUCUACCAAUCUCGUUGAAAAUCCGCGAGCAUGAGAUCUUCACUGUGAGCCCCAUUAGUCAUCUGGCUGCUACUGGUGGUGGUGUCUCGUUUGCUCCAUUCGGUCUUGUGAACAUGUACAAUUCAGGAGGAGCUAUUGAGGGACUUAGGUAUGAAGGGGAGAAGAUGAAAGUGGUGAUGGAAGUUAAAGGAUGUGGUAGAUUCGGAGCUUACUCAUCGGUGAAGCCUAAGAGAUGCGUUGUUGAGUCGAAUGAGAUUGCGUUCGAGUAUAAUUCUUCUUCUGGCUUGGUCACUUUUGUGUUGGAGAAGAUGCCUUCAGAGACCAAACGAUUACAUCUGGUAGAAGUUGAGUUUUAA